AUGCUCCAUGGAACAAAUUUCUUUCUCAGCGCCCCGGCCUCCCAACCCAGUACGACCUCACAAGCUUCUGGUUCUGUUGGGUCUUGCUGUCGUGCUCAAGGCGAUGCUAGUGGUGCGGGGGAUCCGUGUGGGGAGGAGGAAGAACCGGGCGAGUGCGCUAUUUCUAGUUCGAGGUUUAUAGACAGUGAGGACGUGGGGGGCCGGAAGGAGGUAGGGCUAAGGAAUCUUGAAGAAGGUCUGUCAAGAGGACAGCACUUGCAGCAGGUCACCAUUCAGAACACCGGCUGUUUUGGCGUGCCACAGUUUGUGAAGGAUUUGAAGUUUCCAGCCACAAUUGUCGGGUAUGCAGUCCCUCCCUUCUGUAGGGAUGGUGUAGCAGUGGCCUCCAUGGUUCCUUCCCUUGGCCUUCCUGUUUACCUACCACCUGUUCCGCCUCCACUGGGUGCUGCUGCUAUUAUGGUACCCUCAGCUGCUCCAUCCAUGUGCGUUAUGCAGGCAUCGGCCACAAUCCUCUUCCUCCUCUUCCCGAAUCACCCCUCCAUUCCGCUCUCUUUAAUCCCGCUCACCGCGCAAGCCGCCAGCAGCAAGCCAUGGAUGGGCGUGAACCUCGGCGUGGGCCUCUCCUCGAACCCCGUGUCGCUCACGCGAGCCGUUGCCAUCAUCAAGCAGCGCGGCUUCAGCGCCGUCAAGCUCUUCCAGCCGGAUCCGACGGCGCUGAAUGCGCUGGCUGCAUCGGGCCUGCAGGUGAUGACGUGCGUGCCCAACGAGCGCCUCGGGGAUUUCGCGAAGAGCGACUCGGCGGCUCUCGCGUGGCUGGACGCGAAUAUAAUGCCAUUUAUGUCGAAGACUAAUAUACUCGCCAUCGCGGUGGGGAAUGAGGUGCUUUCCCCUGACAACCCAUUCCUCGGUUAUGUCGUACCCGCUAUGGAGUCACUCUACAAGGCACUCACGGCUCGCAAGCUACACCGCAGAGUGAAGCUGGUCACGCCGCAGCACAUGAGCUUCCUGCAGGACACGUACCCGCCGUCGAGCGCGCAAGUGGUGCCGAGCGUAAGAGACGAGGUCACCAGGCUGCUAUCGUUCCUCAACCGAACAGGCUCGUACGCCGUGCUGAACGCCUACCCCUUCUUCUCGUACCUCGCCGACCCGGUCAACAUUCCGCGCGAUUUCGUGUUCUUCAAGGGCGGCGCGGGGAGCUACGACGACAAGGGGCGGCGGUACAGCAACAUGAUGGAGGCCACCAUCGACGCCGCGCUCUGGUCCUUCGAGAAGCUCGGCUUCCCCAACAUGCCCUUCGUCGUGGGCGAGACAGGGUGGCCGACAGCGGGAGCAGCCAUCGCCUCCCCUUCAGCAGCCAAGGAGUGGAACACGGGGCUGGUCUCGUUCCUGCUGUCCGGCCGCGGCACGCCCAAGCGGCGCAACUCGCCCAUCCGCGCGUACCUCUUUGAGAUGUUUGACGAGGACCGUAAGGACACGACCAUGGGUGGCCGGCCCGCCGUUCGCUGCCAGGCGGAGCCAGCGCCAGUAGCGGCGGCGGCGGCGGCGCCGUCAGCGGUAGCGGCCCUGCCGUUCCGCGUGGGGCAUGGAUUCGACCUGCACCGGCUGGAGCCGAACCUUCCCCUGAUCAUCGGCGGGGUGAACAUUCCGCACGACCGCGGGUGUGACGCGCACUCCGACGGUGAUGUGCUGCUGCACUCUCUUCCUGACAACGACCCCAAGUGGAAGGGCGCUGCCUCCCACCUCUUUCUCGAGGAGGCGGUGCGGCGCAUGCACGAGGCAGGGUACACGGUGGGCAACCUGGAUGCCACUGUCAUUCUGCAGAGACCCAAACUCAGCCCGCACAAGCCCACGAUCAAGGCCAACCUCGCUGCCUUGCUCCAGGCACCAGAAGAGGUCAUCAAUGUGAAGGCCAAGACACACGAGAAGGUGGACAGUCUUGGGGAGAAUAGAAGUGUUGGUUGCCACUGUGUUGUGCUUUUGAUGCGCAAAGAAUAA